AUGCCGAAGGUGGCGCCUGAUGCCAAGCCGCACAAGACAUUGCGGGCUGUGAGCCACAAGGACGAUCGAGGUUGGUGGCAUAUCAUUGACGCCAAGAACCGCAAUGUCGGGAAGCUUGCCGCGUUCUGCUCAAGGCUCCUGCAGGGGAAGCACCGCCGCGACUACCAGCAGCACCAAGUGACUGGGGACUCUGUGAUCGUGGUAAACGCGAUCAACGUGCAGUUCCCUGGCCACACCUGGGACACUAAGAUAUAUCGGUUCUACAGGAACAGGUUCACCGACCCACGAGGUCCGAAAAUCAUCACGGCAACGCGCUUGAUGAUGCUGAACCCUGGGAUCAUUCUGAGCCGGGCCGUGAAGGGAAUGCUGCCGAAGAACCUGUUACGGCCGAAUUGGCUUCGGCGUUUGUACGUGUAUCCCGGCGCCAUACACCCGCACUGGGACAUCCCACAGGCGGUCGUUCCCAUUGAAAAGCGUCCAGAGGUGGUGCCGCGCGCGUUCACUGUGAUGAUGCCGGAGCGGCAGAGGCGGCCCGAGGCGUGA